AGUACUGUAGUUUACUUCAGCUGGCAGCUUGGCAAUCAAGCCACUCCCUUGCACCCGCAGACAGGCGCAACGUUGCUUCACGUUGAGCCACCACGACGCCGCUUGAAUGAACCACGCACAGCCAGGUCUCUCAAUGCAAGCAUAGGUGAAGUCUUGGAACAGGGUCCUUGGUCGACAUGCAACUCUUUUCGAUUGCAUAGGUUUGGAUCACCGACUGAGACUUCUUCAUGGACGCGCCCAGCUUCCCCUCCUUCUAAGUUGGCUUCUGCGAUCCCUCGGACCCGCCGGCAAACACGAAGUACGGCUAGGAAACGCUCCCUUCGCAUCCAUGUUGCAGCCUAUCCUUCGGGUGCCUCGGCUUCUUCAACUCUACCCUCUAACUUGCUUGUUUUCGAAUCAGACCAUUGUGCUGGACUCGUCCCGUGA